AUGGCAGAGCUAGAAAAGGAACGAAGAAUAUCACAAUUUGAAAAGGAAUCGAGAUGUAUUUUGGAAAGUGUUACUACUAGAAUUAAUAAUGAAGUGCAUGGUUCCAAUUUCCUGAGAUAUCAUUCUCGAAGGAGUCAGGCAGGAGCUAGAUAUUUUGACGAGUUCCGCUCUCAUUUUUGGGAAAUACCUGAAGAUCUAUUCAAUAGAAUCCGUAAUAUGAAUAUUUCCAACUGCAGAUGUAGUAGGAGAGGUUCUUUACUAGUACCUUCUAUUGAGAUGGUUGAACGGGCACUAAGUCAGAAAUUAUUUAUCCAAAGAAGUCAAAAGAGUCAAAGCAAUCAAAGGAAUUAUACACGUUUGAAAUCACUAUCUCGUAAUGAAGAUGGUAAUACAGAAAAUCCAGCCGGAGGUGAUAACAUAACAACUUCAUCUGUUCAACAACCAUCUUAUGAAGCCAAUCAGCAAUCAUCUAAUAGUGCAGAUGAUGAGGUCACUUUGAGACCUGGUAAUAAUGUAGGACAAUGA